AUGGUCGCGCCAGAGAAUGACCCCAUAGAACUUUUGAACAAUCCCACUCACCCGAUGUACAAGAUCGACCCAGAAACAGAGUUGAUGUGGCAAAACAUAAUGGCUGAGUCUAGAGAAGAGACCAUUGAGACAAAAAACAAUCUUCAUACGCCGGCAUUUCAAAAUCCAGCAACCACCGAUCAAAGGCCUCCACAUCCGGGAAGUGGUUCCAUGAUAGUGGGGAAUGGCAACAUUCAACCAUUCUUUGUGCAGCAGUCACAGGUCGAGGAGCAGCAUCCGUUUAGUCACUACGAGACAGUGAACCCAAAAUUUUCGAACGGGGAAAACUUUCAACUAUCUGGAUAUAACAGGACGACGGCAAAUGGCCUCUCCCAAGUCCCUCAAUCAAUGGGCCAGAACGGAUUAUCUGUUGAGCUCCAGCCAGGAUACGGACAGCUGCCGCAAACCUAUCAAAGCAGUCUUAUUACAACACACCAUGGAAACCAAGGAAUACCACACAGUCAAAUAUAUGGAGGGUGGAAUGAGAGAGGGAUGGAGUCCUCCCAAUCUCCACACCCGAGGGGCACUGCUUUGAAUCAACAACAAUAUUCAACAAGAGGAUUGCAAAGUUACCAAGAGCCCGUUUCUACGAUGAUGGGUUUCAACCAAACGAAGAUUCAUAGUGGAAUGAACCACAGCAUAGGAUCCCAAGGCUCUAGUGGGUCGCUGUCGCCGACGAGUUUCUCAAGUACUGCACAAAGACUACCCAGCCUCAACCAACCCAUUUCCCGACCAAUUUUUGAGUCGGCAAAAAGAACUUUCAGUGAUUUUAACGAGACAAGUCAGAAGGUGGCUACUGUCACGGGUGGUUCCUCGUCACCGGGGUUUUCAAGAUCCCAAUCUAGUGGGCUGACGCAGGCACUAACGCCACUCUCAGCGUUGGGUACGCCAUCACCAGGCUAUCCGUCUAAUAUCCCCAUUCAACAACCCGUGGCUAGGCCGGGCAAAAAUCCCGCUUCACAAAUACUCUCCACGCGGUCCCCUGGAUCAGUGUCUGCAACCCCAGGAACCCUUCCCAGUCAACAAAACUCACCAUCAGCUGCAUUUCCGAGUCAACAUUCUGGAUCAUCUGAAUUUUCGGGGCCGAAAGCCUCUACUGAUAUACAGUCUUUGCACUCUACAUCUACAUUACAGGAGCAAGUUCCCGUAUUGGAUAGGCAGCACAUAUUGACGGAACGGGAACUUGAGUCCAUCAGACCCGGUUAUAGUGCUGGAUACUGUAGCUUAGAUGAGUUUGUUUCCGAGCCACGGGAAUGGCAAAAGAAGUACAUGAGCGCAUACGGCAGCCGAAACGUAUUUCGUAGACGAGUUAAAGUUAGCAGUCAGGAGAGUGCGAGCCUUGAAACACUCAGAGCGCAGGAGAGAUCAUGGAAUGAGGAGAAGGAGAGGGAAUUCGACCAAAGACGUGGAUGGGAACAGGGCCGCGUCGAUGAAUUUGGAAUUAGGAAACUUCCUUUCGCUUAUACCUCACAACACAGAUGCGAACACGCAGACCACAAUGACAGAUGGCAUUGGUCUGCGCGUAUCCUAAUUCCACUCAUAGAUUCUCUCACAAAUCAGGAAAGACGAUGUAAUGAAAAUGAAACAAAUGGAAAAGAGAAAGAAGGCCAGGAGGAAAAGGUAGUUGGGGUUGCCGUUGCAAAUGGCAGCGCACCAGAAAUGACGCAAGAAGUCAAAGAAUAUUUACCCCAAGAUAUCGAAUACGACAGCGGCCAGCAUGACAUGGAUAAUGAUUAUGUGAAUGGAUGUCGCUUGGGUGAAAACGACAAGGCACCGGAUCAAAUAGGAGCAACGGAUGCAUAUUUUCACCAGAGCAGUCAAAAUAACGAGCACGAUAGUGGCCGUGAUAGUAUCAAUACUGGUGAUGUGUUUGGAUGGGAUAAGGAUGAGGCAGAGCACGUACCAGAAAACGCAGGGGAAGCAGAGGAGCAAAUUAAUGAGAGGUUUCAGGAUAACCAGAGUGACAGGGGCCAGGAUAACACCGAGAUUGAUUCUGAAAGUAUAUUGAUUGAUCCGAACGUGAUUGGGGAUGACUAUCUCGGAUCUCACGUGUGGUAG